GCAAGCGUGCGGUUCUACCUCGUGAAUUACGGGAACGGUCUCAUGCUUUCAUUGAUGAUCCGCAUUGGUGACCGUGUCGCGAAUGGAUCUACGCAGAUCGGUGCCGAUUACAAUACCCCUCGGUAAGGAUCGAGUGAAAACACAAGUGUGAUUCUUUUCAAUGUCCAAAAUUGCCCGAAUUACUCUCGGGCGUGUGCCAAGUGUGACAGAUCAGCGUGAAGGAAAUUGUCGAGGAUCGCGUGAACCCCCGAUCGCGUGUAUAUCAAGCGUCGCGGGGUCAGCUGAAAUUUUCCCGGAAUACAUUUUCGUAAUCCGCGCCCUCUCUCCGUCGCUGUGACACCGUCUGCACGACAGGACGUCGAUCGGGCCUCUCUCCUUCGGCGAAGUGACGUGACUCGCGGUACUUCCGGUUCCGAGCAAGCGAGCUUUUCCCGGAUAUCGUCGGAUGGGAAAGGGAAUUUCCGUUAACGGUGUUCCCUUAUAUCGAUCGAUCGAAACGUGCGACUCCUACGGCGAAGCGAAUCGCCGACCCUCGUCGUCCGCGGAAGAUAUACACGCUCCGAAAAUUUUCGGAGCAACCCGACUAGUCCCACGCUGUGUGCCCCGCAUUCAAUUGGUCACGGACCGUCACGAGAUCGAGCGGGUUAUUAUUAAUCUUCGUCAUGACGAGAGAGAGAGAAAGUGCCGCCCCGCACUCGCAGUUAUAUUUCGCAUGACGAAAUAAUGAGUUAAUGAGUUCAAGUAUUGCGCAUUAGACGCGCAAUUUUGACAGAGUCUGCUCCGAUUUAUUAUCUCUCCUUCUCUCCUUAAUCUCAUCCCUUUCUCACGCCUUCGAUUUACACACAUGUGAUGCGACUGAUUCGAACGCGUCGACGUUCGUUUCAAAGGUGCGGAAAAGUGUAUGUGAGAUUUUUGCGUGCGCCGCACAAAGUGCAUAUAGUGACGAACGCAGGAUACCGAAAAACGAGGAAUACCCGGAGUUGUAGCCCUUAUAGGCUGGGAUAGUCGCGCGACUCCAAGAACAACAAGCGUAUUUUUUCCACCCUCUUCUCGGUUGCCUCUUGGCAAAGUACAGUGGGACAGGUGCCGACGAGAGACAGAGGGUUUCUUCCCGCCGAGGGUUUCCACCGCGCUUCUUCUUUUCUCCUCGUAUAUAUUUCAACGCGUGAAGUUUAAUUCGGGAAUAUACGUGGGGUUUCGCACGCUUUGUCGUAACGCGGUCGGUCGCGCGCCAUCCAUCGACGUCGCGGGUUUCCCCUUUGAAGUCCAAACCGGAAGGAUCGUUUAUACGAAGCGACGAAUACGCUCGUGUGUUUCGUCGUCUCGGGUGAUUCGAGACCAGACGACGACGACGACGACGACGACGUCGACGACGUACACGUGUGAUCGUUUAUCCCGAACACCCUCGUCCACGCCGCGCGUGGAUCCACGAAAUCACCGAGUCUCCCAACGUCUCUCCUUCGUCGUCUCCUUCGUCGCUGUCGAUGACAAAGGGAGGCGAACGUUCUCUCCUCGAUGUGCGACCCUACCGCGUUGCUGGAUCUAGUGCCUGGCGAGGGAUUACUCAAGAGGCCGUCCAUGGAUUAUAACGAGUACACGUACUGCUACGGCGGUGGUCGAGGGUGUUUGUUGGACAGUUCGGCACCGCGGGGCCCGCCUGAUGUGCCACCCCGUAAUCCCGCAAUGAGCCGGCUCAACGGAAGACUGCCAGGAAGUCACGCAGCGAGUGAUCACGAACGCGAUCCCGAUCUCGAGCCAUCCUGCCUCGUACGCACCCCAUCCGGUAACUUCUACAAUAUACCAAAGAUACCGAAGAAUGAAUAUAACAACAAGAAUCAGUCUACGGGGAACAGUCCAAUAAAGGUGGAGCUCCAGAACAACAUGGACAGGGUACCUUUACCUUACGGGCACGCCCCGUCGAUGAUCCCGAUGAGGAGACAAAGCAUCCGCUGUCAUUUCCGCAAGGGAAUCGAUUGGUGCAGCUGGAAACUAAUUGCCAUAGUAGUAAUUAUGCUCUCGCUCUGCUUGACCGCGGCAUUAACCUACGUCGCAGCGUCCAAUUUAGUGAACUGGUCGUACCAAGGCACAAAGGCGUGCACGGUCCUGGUGGGCGAGAACACGGACGCGAAGCCAUCGUCGAACGAGGCGAACAAGACGUCCACGUCAUCCACUGUAACGUCGUCGCAAUCGGGUAGCAGGACGCGGCAACCGUCAUCGUCAGGAGCGAUCGACGACAAUUUGGAGCGAGAGCUCGAGAGCAUUAAUGCCACUCUGUCAGUCGACGAAUUCCUAGAGUCCAGGGAGGAUUCGGCGAACGGGAGAAAGCAAGAUGUGGAAUCAACAGCGAAAGAUUCGGCCAACGCGACGAUUUCCACCACCGAAAACUAUUAUUCGUCGUCGAUGGACGAUACCUCGAAGAAUAGCGAAUCAAUCGACGGGAUUUCCACUUCGACUCACGAGCCAGAAGUAAGCACCGAUCUGUGGGCUUGUUCGGGGAGUACUGCCCUCCCCCCCGAGCCUACUAUAUUGAUUCUCGAAGGUGCACGAACCUUCCCGGCGCGGUCCUUUCCGCCCGAUGGGACGACCUUCGCUCAGGUCGGUUUAGGGCAGAAGCUCAGCAAGGAGAUACCGCCGUACGGCUACUGGAACAUGCAGUUCUAUCAAUCGGAGGCCGCCUACGUGCGUUUCGACUACAGCAUCCCGCGCGGUGCCAGCAUCGGCGUGUACGCGAGAAGGAACGCGCUGCCCACGCACACGCAGUACGAUCUCCUGGAGGUUCUCAGUGGUUUCAAGGCUCGGACCACCAGGGCGUCCCAUGUUAGUGUUAUUCCCUCGAUUAAAAAGGAAGUAACUCAGUACAUGGAGCCGGGACAUUGGUUCCUCUCGCUCUACAACGAUGACGGGGAUCCUCACGAAGUUUCAUUCAUUGCUGUUAUCGCCGAGGAUAUGACGCAUAACUGUCCGAAUGGUUGUAGUGGCAAGGGCGAGUGUCUCUUAGGUCAUUGCCAGUGCAAUCCUGGUUUCGGUGGCGAAGAUUGCAGCGAGAGUGUCUGUCCUGUUCUCUGCAGUCAAAGAGGCGAGUACAUAAACGGCGAGUGUCAAUGCAAUCCCGGCUGGAAGGGUAAGGAGUGCUCCCUGCGACACGACGAGUGCGAGGUGCCCGACUGCAACGGGCACGGUCACUGCACCAACGGCAAAUGCAACUGUGUACGCGGCUACAAGGGGAAGUAUUGCGAGGAGGUUGACUGUCCGCAUCCGACUUGCUCGGGCCACGGUUUCUGCGCCGAGGGCACGUGCAUCUGUAAAAAAGGUUGGAAAGGAGCCGACUGCAGCCAAAUGGACAAGGAGGCACUGCAGUGCCUGCCGGACUGCAGCGGUCACGGAAACUUCGAUCUCGAGACCCAAACCUGUCUCUGCGAGCCGAUGUGGUCCGGUGAUGAUUGCUCGAAAGAACUGUGCGAUCUCGAUUGCGGUCCUCACGGGCACUGCGUGGAUAAUGCCUGCGAUUGCUUGCCAGGCUGGUCCGGCGAGCUUUGCAAUUUGAAGCAGUGCGACCCUCGCUGCAACGAGCAUGGACAAUGCAAGAACGGCACGUGUCUAUGCGUCACCGGAUGGAACGGAAAACACUGCACGAUGGAGGGCUGUCCAAAUUCCUGUUCCGGCCAUGGACAGUGCAGGGUGUCGAACGACGCGCAAUGGGAGUGUCAGUGCUAUGACGGUUGGGACGGCAAAGACUGUAGCGUGCUUUUAGAGCAGAAUUGCAACGAUGGACGAGACAACGAUAAAGAUGGUCUCAUCGAUUGCGCCGAUCCGGAAUGUUGUUCCAAUCACAUAUGCCGCAGCAGCCAGCUGUGUGUCUCAGCGCCCAAGCCAAUCGAUAUAUUGCUACGGAAACAACCGCCCGCCAUUACCGCUUCCUUUUUCGAGAGAAUGAAGUUCCUAAUCGACGAGGGCAGUCUGCAGAACUACGCUCGUCAGGAGACUUUCAACGAGAGUAUGUUCUGGAAUCACUUCAACACAAGCCGAUCGGCCGUCAUACGCGGCCGUGUCGUCACUCAUCUCGGCACGGGACUGAUGGGAGUCCGGGUCAGCACUAGCACACCGCUGGAAGGCUUCACCCUCACUAGAGACGACGGCUGGUUCGAUCUCCUGGUGAACGGAGGUGGCGCCGUAACUCUGCAAUUCGGCAGAUCGCCCUUCAAGCCGCAGAGCCAUAUCGUCUUCGUGCCCUGGAACGAGGUCGUCAUAAUCGACAAGAUUAUUAUGAGCACUGCUGAGGAGAAGCCACCUGUGCACGUUCCACACGCAUGUGCUGCUCACGAUUACGACCUCAUGAAGCCGGUGGUCCUGGCGACUUGGAAACACGGAUUCCAAGGAGCUUGCCCGGACAAAAGCGCUAUUUUGGCGGAGUCUCAAGUUAUACAGGAAAGUUUGCAAAUUCCCGGAACGGGCUUGAAUCUGGUAUAUCAUAGUUCGCGAGCCGCCGGUUACCUCUCUACCAUACAACUGCAGCUGACGCCGGAAGUCAUACCGGCAACCUUGAACUUGAUACAUUUGAGAAUCACGAUUGAAGGUAUACUAUUCGAGAAGACCUUCGAGGCUGAUCCAGUAAUUAAGUUUACUUAUGCGUGGAACCGCUUGAAUGUCUAUCGCCAACGCGUCUACGGAGUUACGACUGCUAUGGUCAAGGUUGGCUACGAAUAUAGCGAUUGCAAGGACAUCAUCUGGGAUGUGCAGACGACCAAGUUGAGCGGACACGACAUGUCCAUCUCGGAAGUCGGCGGUUGGAACUUGGACAUUCAUCACAGAUACAACUUCCACGAGGGUAUCUUACAGAAAGGAGACGGCUCGAACAUUUAUCUGAAACAUAAGCCGAGAGUUAUCCUCACCACGAUGGGAGAUGGUCACCAGAGACCGUUAGAAUGUUACGAUUGCGAUGGGCAAGCUUCCAAGCAGCGUUUGUUAGCUCCUGUAGCUCUUGCCACUGCAGCAGACGGCUCCAUUUUUGUCGGUGAUUUUAAUCUAGUCAGGAAGAUUCUCGUCGAUGGAACAGUCAGAACUGUAGUCAGACUAAACGCAACCAGGGUAUCAUAUCGUUAUCACAUCGCUCUAAGUCCGCUGGACGGCGUUCUCUACAUAUCGGAUCCAGAAUCUCAUCAGAUUAUUCGCGUACGCGACACCAACGACUACACGGAUCCCGAUCACAAUUGGGAGACAGUAGUCGGUUCCGGGGAACGUUGUCUUCCCGGCGACGAAGCUCACUGUGGCGAUGGUGCGCUCGCACGAGACGCUAAACUCGCUUAUCCCAAGGGCGUUGCCGUCUCUGCUGAUAACGUCUUGUACUUUGCUGAUGGCACGAAUAUACGGAUGGUCGACAGAGACGGUAUCAUCACCACCGUGAUCGGCAAUCAUAUGCAUAAAUCGCACUGGAAACCCAUACCCUGUGAAGGAACGUUGAACGUCGAGGAGGUUCAUCUACGCUGGCCGACUGAAUUGGCGAUCAAUCCCUUGGACAACUCGCUGCACAUAAUUGACGAUCAUAUGGUUCUUCAACUGGCGCCAGACGGUCGCGUCAAGGUCGUCGCCGGUCGUCCGCUUCAUUGUGCCUCUCCGUCAGCCUCGUUUGAUACGGAGCUCGCGACUCACGCCACUCUGGUGAUGCCGCAGAGCGUCGCGUUCGGUCCAUCGGGUGACCUCUACAUCGCCGAGAGCGACUCCCAGAGGAUCAAUCGCGUUCGCGUGAUCGGUACCGAUGGCAAGAUCUCGCCAUACGCCGGUGCUGAGUCCAAGUGCAAUUGUCUGGAGCGCGGUUGCGACUGCUUCGAGGCCGAUCACUAUCUGGCAUCUACCUCUAAGUUCAAUACUAUAUCCGCCGUGGCGGUUUCACCCGACGGAGUAGUGCACAUCGGUGACCAGGCCAAUUAUCGCAUUCGCUCGGUGACAGCGAGCAUUCCUGACGCGAGCGGUGCACGAGAGUACGAGAUCUAUGCACCCGACACGCAAGAAAUCUACGUAUUUAAUCGGUUCGGUCAGCACAUUGCCACGAAGAACAUCCUCACUGGCGAGACUGUGUAUCUCUUCACGUAUAACGUCAACACUAGUAACGGCAAGCUCAGCACGGUAACAGACGCGGCUGGCAACAAGGUCUUUUUGCUGAGAGACUACAGCAGCCAGGUGAAUUCGAUCGAGAACACAAAGGGACAGAAAUGCAGACUGAGGAUGUCUAGAAUGAAGAUGCUGCACGAGUUGAGUACGCCUGACAAUUAUAACGUCACUUUCGACUAUCACGGACCUACUGGUUUGCUGAAGACGAAACUCGAUAGUACCGGUCGCAGCUAUGUUUACAAUUAUGAUGAGUUUGGCAGGCUGACUAGCGCAGUGACUCCCACAGGCAAGGUGAUCAGCUUGACGUUCGAUCUUAGCCUGAAAGGUGCCAUAGUCAAAGUUGGACAGAAUAACAGGAAGCCCAUCUCGAUGCUAAUCAAAGGAUCAUCCGUUGUUACGAAGGUUGGAGAAGCCGAGCAAAGAACAACAGUUCUCGCCGAUGGCUCAGUUGGAAGAGUGACACCAUGGGCUCACACCGUCAGCACCGACAGUAUGCCGUACUCGAUCUUGGCUGAGAUCGAGCCUCUGUUAGGCGAAAGCUAUCCCGUGCCGGCUAAACAGAGAACAGAGAUUGCUGGCGAUCUGGCUAAUCGCUUUGAAUGGCGAUACUUCCUUCGAAAGAUCCAAGGAAAUAAGAAUCGCGGAAACUCUAAGGCGAUCGCCCAGGUCGGCAGAAAGCUCCGAGUCAAUGGCGAGAUCCUGCUGUCUCUCGAGUACGACAGGGAAACAAACACGGUGGCAGUAUUUAUGGACGAUCGAGUGGAAUUGCUGAAUGUUACUUACGACAGAACUGCUAGACCCGUUAAAUGGGGACCGAGGAAUGGUAUCUUCGCCGGCGUCGAGCUGGAAUACGAUCGAUUCAGCAGACUGACUAGCUGGACAUGGGGCGACAUCAGUGAGACGUAUGGCUUCGACAGAGCGGGUCGAUUGUACGAGAUCAAAUACAGCGACGGUACAUCGAUGGUAUAUGCCUUCAAGGACAUGUUCAGCAGUUUACCACUGAAGGUCACUACGCCACGUGGAAGCGAUUAUCUUCUCCAAUACGACGAGGCAGGAGCAUUGCAGUCGUUGACUACACCGAGAGGACAUAUUCAUACGUUCUCUCUUCAAACGUCCCUCGGAUUCUACAAAUAUCAAUACUACUCACCGAUGAACAGACAUCCGUAUGAGAUUCUUUACAAUGACGACGGUCAGAUCCUUGCUAAGGUGUAUCCUCAUCAAAGCGGAAAGGUCGCUUACGUUUAUGAUCACGCUGGAAAACUCGAAACCACGCUUGCUGGAUUGUCCUCGAUACAUUACACCUAUCAAGAAACGACCAGUCUAGUGCGCAGCAUCGACAUCAACGAACCAAACUUUGAGAUGCGCAUCGAGUACAAAUAUCACGCCGGCAUCGUAAAGGACGAGAAAAUUAAAUUCGGCAGCAAGAGCGGUAUGGAUAACGCUCAUUAUCGUUAUCAAUACGACGGUAACGCGCGCAUAUCCGGCAUCGAGGUCGACAUCAACGGCAAACAGCUGCCUCAGCUUCGUCUCAAAUACAACCAGAAUCUCGGUGUGCUGGAAGGCGUUGGUGAUCUCAGGAUAUACAGAAAUCUCUUCAAUCGAUCGGUUAUGCAGGAUAGUAGCAAACAGUUCUUCACGGUCACGGACUACGAUGAGCACGGUCGCGUCAAGACGGUGCUGAUAAACAUCCGAUCGUUCGAUGUAUUCCGCAUGGAGCUCGAAUACGACAAUCGCAAUCGCAUCAAGAUGAGGAAGCUCACGAUCGGAAAGGAGUCGAUGGAGAAGAAGGAAUGGUCCAGAAUGGAAAAAAUCACGUACAAUGCGGACGGUCAUGUGCUCGAGGUAGCUGACACCGAAAACAAUUGGCAGUACGCUUACGAUGAGAACGGGAACGUGAUCGGCGUGACCGAGCACAACGAGAAGAUCGUCUUGGGCUACGACAGUGGUGAUCGAGUGGUCCAAUAUGGUGAUGUCGAGUUCAACUCGUACGAUGGACGCGGCUUCGUCGUGAUUCGAGGCGAGCACAAAUACAGGUAUAAUUCGCGCGGUCAGCUGAUUCAUGCGUCGGAGCACAAGAAAUUCCAAAUUUGGUACUUCUACGACGAUCGUGGCCGAUUGGUAUCGAUGAACGACGAUCGAGAGAACAUCACUCAGUUCUUCUACGCGAAUCCAAAAACUCCGGAUCUGAUAACACACGUGCACUUCCCGAAGUUGUCCAAGACAUUCCGGUUCCUCUACGAUUCGCGCGACUUUUUGAUGACUGUAGAGACAUCCGAGCAACGAUUCUACGUCGCAACGGAUCAAAACGGUUCGCCUCUCGCUCUUUUCGACACCAAUGGCAAUCUCAUCAAAGAGAUGCGACGCACGCCAUUUGGCAAGAUCAUCAAGGAUACCAAUCCGGACUUUUAUUUGCCCAUCGAUUUCCACGGUGGUCUCUUCGAUCCCAAUACUAAGUUGAUCUAUUUGAACAAGAGGCUCUACGAUCCAACUGUCGGUCAAUGGAUGACCCCUGCUUGGGAGCAAAUGGCCAAUGAGCUUACCACGCCGACCGACAUCUUCAUCUAUCGUUUCCGCAACAACGAUCCGAUCAACUUUAAGCAGAACGUCGAGUACAUGACGGAUCUGUCGAGUUGGCUGAAACUCUACGGUUACGACAUCUCAACAAUGCUCGGUUCCGAAUACACGAAACAAAUGGUAUAUCAACCGAGUGCCACCGUUACGUCCCCGCAACUGACUCCGGACUUUGGCGUGAUGUCCGGUCUGCAAUGCAUCGUAAAUCGCGUGCAAGAGAAGUUCUCCGACCUUGGUUUCGUGCCCAAGCCACUGUUGAAACUGGAGCCAAAGACGCGAAACCUUUUGCCGCGAGUGGCCCAUCGUCGAGCGGUCUUCGGCGAAGGUAUUCUGGUGUCGCGCGUCGGCGGUCGAGCUCUAGUGAGCGUAGUGGACGGUGUGAACAGUGUGGUACAGGACGUGGUCACGUCCGUAUUUAACAACUCAUACUUCCUGCCGCUGCACUUCAGCGUGCACGAUCAGGACGUUUUUUAUUUCGUCAAGGAUAAUGCGCUGAAAAUCCGCGACGACAUGGAGGAACUUCAUCGGCUCGGCGGCAUGUUCAAUGUGUCCACGCACGAGACAACGGAGCAUGGUGCCGGCACGUGGAAAGAGUUGAGACUGCACAACCCGGAUGCGGCGGUGGUGAUCAAAUACGGGGCCGAUCCCGAACAGGAGCGGCACCGGAUUUUGAAACACGCGCACAAGCGUGCCGUCGAACGGGCCUGGGAGAUUGAGAAGCAAUUGGUAAUGGCCGGUUUCCAGGGUCGGGGCGACUGGUCCAAGGAGGAGAAGGACGAGCUCAUCAGUCGCGGCACCGUCGACGGCUACGAGGGCGUCGAUAUCCACAGCGUGCACAGGUAUCCCCAGCUCGCCGAUGAUCCUGGUAACGUCGCGUUCACCCGCGACACCAAGAGGAAGAGGCGGAAGAGCGGCAACAGACGCAACAGGACUCACAGGCACGACUCGUGAUUCGAGGACGCCACGACGCGAGUUCAAAAUAUCGCUUGGGACUUGAUUCGCGCGUGAAG